GAGUGAGUCGUGAUCAACCGGUGGAACCGUGGGCGGGUGGACGGACAGGCGCUUUCCAUGUUUACCUCACCUUUGUCCAGCGCUUUGAGGGCUUGAUUACCCCCCGGCGGGUUGGAGACCAUUUCGCCGUUUUUGAGGUGACGUCCAACGGCACUGAGCGUUUACGAAAGGCACACAAGCCGCCCGAAAGGCUAAGCUAGGACGGUAAAACGGGUGGAGUUCCCGUAUUUUUUGAUCCCCUUUUUUUCGGGUAAAUAGCGCAUACACCGUCAUAUGAGUAUGACAACCGUGGAAAGUAGAUUUAAUGAAGGCUUCCUUCCCCGAGACAAAGACAUUUCACCGGGUGAGUACCAGCUGAGCCAACAGAAAAGGGAAGCUAGGCUAAGCUAGUCGGGUAGCUUGUUUAGUUGGCGGAAGUUGGCUAAUGCGUUACCGGACAAAAAGAACACUUCUAAGCGUUAAUUAUUUGUUUUUUUUAUUUAUUUAAAUCCGUUAUAGGUGAAUCAUGGCUGUAUUUGGAUUGUGAAGUGGAGAUGAAUUAGCAGCUUUUGUUAGCGUUCAGUAAACAAAGGCUACCCUCCUCCUCGUUAUUACUUGUUAUUAAUAUUGUUAUCAUGGAUUUAAAGACCGCGGUGUUUAACGCGGCCAGAGACGGCAAACUCCGGCUCCUCCAGAAACUCCUGGAGAACAAAGACGGACAAGAGGUGACCAAGCUCAUGGGCGAGAAGACCAACGGCGCCACCCCUCUCCUCAUGGCCUCCCGCUACGGCCACCUGGAGCUGGUGGAGUACCUCAUGGAGUGCUGCUGUGCCCCCGUCGAGGUCGGCGGCUCCGUCAACUUCGACGGGGAAACCAUCGAGGGGGCCCCGCCGCUUUGGGCCGCGUCCGCCGCCGGCCACCUGAAGGUGGUGCAGUCCCUGCUGGGCCACGGGGCCUCCGUCAACAGCACGACGCUGACCAACUCCACGCCCCUGAGGGCGGCCUGCUUCGACGGCCACCUGGACAUCGUCAAGUACCUGGUGGAGCACCGGGCGGACCUGGAGGUGGCCAACAGGCACGGGCACACCUGCCUCAUGAUCUCCUGCUACAAAGGACACAAGGAGAUUGCGCAGUACCUGCUGGAGAGAGGGGCGGAUGUCAACAGGAAAAGUGUCAAAGGCAAUACGGCGCUCCACGACUGUGCGGAGUCGGGCAGUCUGGAGAUCAUGCGGAUGCUGCUGCAGUACAAAGCGACCAUGGAGCAGGACGGCUACGGCAUGACCCCACUGCUGUCUGCUAGCGUGACGGGGCACACCAACAUCGUAGACUACCUGACCACACACCAGCAGACGAGCCACAAGGAGUGCAUCGACGCCAUGGAGCUCCUUGGGGCCACGUUUGUGGACAAAAAGCGAGACCUGCUUGGCGCUUUGAAGUACUGGAAGAAAGCUAUGGACUUCAGGUACGUGGACAGCAACAACGUGGUCCACAAACCGGAACCCAAGCAGCUGAUCAUGGCCUACGACUAUGCCAGGGAGGUGACUAACGGAGAAGAACUGGACGGUCUCAUAUCGGACCCUGAUGAGAUGCGCAUGCAGGCUCUGCUCAUCCGCGAGCGAAUCCUUGGCCCGCAGCAUCCGGACACGUCUUACUACAUCCGAUACCGCGGCGCCGUCUAUGCCGACUCGGGGAACUUUGAGCGCUGCAUCAACCUGUGGAAGUACGCCUUGGACAUGCAGCAGAGCAACCUGGACCCCCUGAGCCCCAUGACGGCCUCCAGCCUGCUGUCUUUCGCCGAGCUCUUCUCCUUCAUGCUGCAGGACCGGGCCAAGGGGCUGCUGGGGACGUCGGUGUCCUUCGAGGACCUGAUGGGGAUCCUCACCAAAAGCGUGCUGGAGAUCGAGCGUGCCAUUCAGCAGGGGAGGUCGCUGCCUCUCGACCCCCCACAGCUCAGCAAGGCGCUCUCCAUCAUCUUGCACCUGGUCUGCCUUUUGGAGAAGGUGCCGUGCACUACGGAGCAGGACCACUUCAAAAAGGAGACCAUCUACAGGUUCUUGAAGCUUCACCCGUGUGGCAAGAACGGCUUCAGCCCACUCCACCUGGCCGUGGACCGCAACACCACCUGUGUGGGCCGCUACCCCGUCUGCAAGUUCCCCUCGCUCAUCGUCACCUCCAUCCUCCUUGAGUGCGGCGCUGACGUCAACAGUCGAGACGACGACGAUAACAGCCCGCUUCACAUCGCCGCGUCCAACGGCCACUCGGACAUCAUGAACCUGCUGGUGUCGUGGGGGACUCACUUCGACAGCACCAACGCCUUCCAGCAGACGGCGUGCGACCUCCUGGACGAGAAGGAGCUGGCCCGGAACGUGGUGCAGCCCAUCAACCACACCACGCUGCAGUGCCUGGCCGCCAGGGUCAUCGUCAAGCACGGCCUGCGCUACCAAGGGAACAUCCCCGAAAAACUGGAGGCCUUCGUGCUGCUCCACAGAUGAUGACUCGCGCACGCACGGACCACUUUUUAAACUGGAGAUCGCAAAAAAAACAAGCGCAGGAUUGGAUCCACACAAGACUUUAUAUCCCUGGAUGAACGCCGCAGGGGAUUUCUACCUUUUUUUUUUUUUUUUUUUUUUGCAUCAGGAAACAUUUUUGGCAUCUUCCACAAUGCUAUUUAUUAUCAUUAAAGGACACUUGAGAGAUUUUCUCCAUGCUGGUUCCAAUUUUUGCCGCUGGUCUUUUUGUGACAAAAACCCGACUGCGGCAGUUUUACAUCUGCUGGGACUUAGGCUAUUUUCCUCCUUCCACUGUUGCCAACAUUUUGUUUGUACUUUUCCAACUGGACGAUGAAUCAUGCAAAAUCUGGAUAUCAGCCAAUCGUGGAUUCUAUACAAGGAGGCUUUUGGGGGGGGAGUGGGAUUAAGGGUGAGGUUCCCACUUCCAAGUGUAUUAAAAAAAAAAAGCUUUACAUAUACUGUCUGCUAACACCAUAAGUGCUUUAUUCCUUCUAUGCACAGGCUAGGCUGUUGGAAAGAGACUUUUUAAAUUCUGUGUGCAAUAUCGUGUUUUACCUCGUCGUUCGCUACCACUCUCUGUUGUCGGAAGAAAGCGAACGAUUGUGGGCGGUUUCUACAGAUCACGGAAGAUAAGCCCCUGCCACAGCUGCCAUAAGAAGCCACAGUCCCAGCCCGGUGCACGAAGAGACAACAGUCAUAUCACACUCUUCUUUUUAAACCGUAACGCUUUGCGAAUGAUCUUGUUUGCACAUUAGCUUUGUGAAGAGGGGGGUGGAAAAAGGGCUUUUUUCCGUCAUUCUAGGACUUCACUUUUUUUUUUUUUUUCCACCGGAAAAGCUGACAUAGAAAAUAAAAUGUAUGGCGACUCUCAUUGCAUCUUGGUCCGAAUCAGCACCUUACUUAACAGCGGACAUUAAGAUUGGAAUACGGCAUUAAUCCUGUUCACGUCUUAAUAACCAAUUUGACAAUAAACCCAUGUUGCACUUGUA